CGGACACCCGAGGCUUGGAGGGUAUUUUGUUAUUCCUAGACGUUGUGCAAAGGCUGAGAGCAAACAUGAGUUCUCCAGAAAAACACGACAGCAAGUCAUCUGUCUUAGGAUCGCCUAAACCGAUUAGAUCUCCAUCACCAUUCAAAGUCCCAAGUCCCGUUCCCACCCGCCACACUAGACCAGAAUCAACAUCAUUGGCCGCAGUUAAAGGACCUGUUAAACAUGGUUCAAUCAAGUAUUUUGAUCGCUCCAAAGGUCAUGGUUUCAUUCAUCCUGAUCUUGGAGGAGAUGACAUAUUCGUACAUAUAUCAGACAUUGAAGGUGAGUAUGUUCCUAAAGCUGGUGACAAGGUGAGGUACAAGACGUGUCCUCUCCCACCAAAGUGUGAGAAGCUGCAGGCAGUGGAUGUCAUCAUAACUACACUGCUAGGAGAGAAACAUGAGCGAUGGGACUAAAACUGUUAUCAGUGAUCAACACUAACACUGAUUAACAGUAUUUUUAUUAAUUGAGAUGUGCAACUUUGUUAUGUCUAGGCUUUUCAAUUUUGUUGCCAUUGCAGGAUCACUUACAGCACGUGAGUAGGUAGGUCUUUUAAUAAUUGAUACGUGGCGACAAACAUAUCAAAGAAAUAAACAAAUGAGCACAACCA